AUGGAUAGCUUAGGUCAAGAAGAGCUGACUAGAAUAUGGUUAGCCUUACGCCACCUCAGAAAAGUGCUCGGAGAUGAUGUCAGUAAACUGCGUUUUUGGGGGAAAAUUUUCGGUCUGAAUUCCAGCUACUACAUUAUCGAGGCAGAAUUUCAGUCCGAGACAGAUCCAAGUCCAAAUAUCCCUGGGCCCUGGGAUGAUUGGCGUUUUUCAAAGUCAGGCCCCAAAUGGCCUGAUCCCCAAUCGUUUUUUUACAUGAUAAAGAAUCGUAGGGAACGAGACACGCCUGAUUCUCUGAUGACGGAUUUGCCAAAAGUCGUUUACGAGCCUCCAAUAAGGUACCCCCCUGAAUCAAGAGGCACGGGGUUGAACAAAUGGGAUUACUAUGUCUCCUCAAGCCUCGGUGAGGGUGAUUGGGUUCGUUUACCGAGUGUCAGACCCGAGCAAAUUGUUGCCGCAAGGAAUUUGGUCUGCUUAUUUACAGGCGAUCUCAACAGAAAUUUGAAGGAUUUCGCCUUCCCUGGUCUCGAAGUUCACUAUUUGAGAGCGCAAAUUGCUCGUAUUUCCUCAGGAACGCAUAUUUCUCCCUCGGGGGUCUUUGAGAUAGAUGAAGAAUUACUUGAAGAAGGAGUAAGUACUUUAUACCAAAAACUAAUAAUGUAUGGUUUUUGCGCAACUCUCAAAGUCAUAAGCUGA